AAGAGGAAAAAUACCCAAUAUAUCACUUAACAGCAAACUGAGGUCUGAGGACCGAAAACAGAGCAACAAGUCACUGGUCAAAGGUACUGAAGAGAGCAGAAUUUGCCUGGAAAUGGAUGUCCGACGGCUCGAAAUUCCUGCUGAGCUUGCAGCUCUGCUCCACUUCGCUCAGGAUCACAAUCCUGCUCAGAGUAAUCAAGUCACUGAAGUGUCCCUUCCAGAAGUGAAAGCCAAGGCUACCUUCUCUCUCCCUCACGAUAUUAACAACUUUCCUUUCUCUACAUUUGUCCAAACUCACUUCCAGGUUGUGAGUUUUCCAGCCCUUGGACAGCCCUUGCAAGAGCCUUUGACCCAACUCCACACUGAGCACAGACAAAAUGCUCUACAGCUAAACAAGCUGGUUUUGCGAUUCAUCAAUGACUGGGAAUUGCAGGGCAUCCAUGAACAGAUUCUAGGGAACUACAUAGCAAGCCGGGGACUGGCCAGCCCCCCCCUACGCAAUGAGCUGCUGAGCCAAAUUGCUACUCAGCUGUGGAAAAACCCAGAUCUGGAGCAAUGCCAACGAGGCUGGGUGUUGAUGGCUACCCUCCUGAGUGCCUUCACACCUUCACCAGCUUUGGAGAAGCCUCUGCUGAAGUUUGUGUCAGAUCAUGGCCUGGAGGGCUACAACGGAAUGUGCCAGCACAAACUCUUAACCUCCAUGAAGCAGACGGAGGGUUACUUGGAGCUGUCCCGCAGUUUCCCCCCCACCGGCCUGGAGUGGACUGCCAACCAGAGGAAAGGCAAGAUGGUGCUGGAAGUCUGCACUUAUAAAGAGGAAAGGAUUUCAGCAGAAGUGGAAUCAUGGACCACAGGAGAGCAAUAUGCAGGCUGGAUCCUGAACUCAAGGGGUUUGGAUAUUGUCCCUCGCGGAUGGUCCAUAUCAAUGUUCACCGGCAACAAGUGGCAGGACUUAGCAGGCUGUGACUUUGUGUUGGAUUUGGUUGGUGGAAUGGAGGAAGUAAAUUGCCCUUCUCAGUCCUCCUCUAAUUUUCCUAUUAUCCCUGAGAGGGAUGUGAGCUACUUUCAAAGGAACUCUCCAAAUAGGAAGUCCUUGGAUAUCCCUCCUGCACCAACCUUUAAGGCCCCUUCUUUCCCUCCACCUCCCUUGCCUCCCAUGUUUGACAAGGCAGUCCAUCCAGACCCCAUGGAUAGUCCAACUCCCUCUAGAGAAUUGGGUCACUAUGUGGAUGGCCUCUUUGAACCUCUGUUACAUGCUGGCUCCAGACCUCAUAUGUCAGCUAUGGAAAGUGAGGCAAACCUGACUGGUCGUAUGAAAGGAGGUGGGAAAAUUGGACCUAUGAAUCAAGGAGUCUAUUCAGGUUAUCCUGGAAUGAUGACCAUGCCAACUUUUCCAACUAUGCCAGUUAUGGGAGGAAUGAUGCCAGCCACCAUGCCGGGAAUGCCAGCUAUGAUGAUGACUCACCCCAUGAUGCCAUCCAUGGAUCCUAACCAGGCAGCAGCUCAGCAGCAAUCUGUCAUCAACCAACAAGCCCUGUUUCUGGCUCAGCAGAUGACACUUCAAGCCAUGAAAAUUUCAGAACAGGAUCAACAGCAGAAACAGAAGCAUAGAUCUCCUGAGCAUUCCCACCCAAACCAAUUACCUUCACAUAGAUCACAUGAACAUUCAAUGCAAAGGCAACCUUCACCACACAGCUCACCUACAUUGUCAAGGCCAAGACGAGCAACACCAAAGAGGAGGACAUCUGAACAUUUAAGACGAAGGCCAUCAUCAUCAGAAAGCUCUCCCGAAUCCUUAAGAUCAACACGAGUAUCACCAAGGAAGCAAUCACCUGAAGCUUCGAGGCCAAGACGAACAUCACCAAAGAGCAGGUCACCUUCAAGCCCAAAGAAAACAUUACUCCCCAAGAGGCCUCCUGAACUUUCAAGGUCAAAAAAGGUGUCAGUAAAGGAACAGCCUUCUGAAUCUUCAAGACCAAUACAAGAGUCUCGUUCUCCUUCACCUCCACCACAAUCACCGAUCCACAUUUUGGAAGAGGAGGUGACUGCGGACGUCAGAGUAGAUUCCCUCUCUAGGGGGACUUUCCAAAAGAAAGUUGAGUUCUUCCAGAGAAUGGGGAUUGAAGCUGCUCCAUUGAAGAAAGUCUCUUCAAAAAGUCGUAGAGUAAAAGAAAAGUCAGAGGACCCAAGUGCCAACCAGGAAUCAAAUUCAGAUUUGCCACCUCCUACACAACUGGAAAACUAUCAGGAGAGGAAAUUCCAGAAUACAAAGCCUGAACAGCCUGAACCAAGCCAAGAGAUACGCAACAUUAUUAAAACCCACAAGAAACGUCCAAUUCCACCACCAAAACCUAUCAUGCCUGCUAGAGACGUCUCUAAAUCUCUUACAAAAGGUGAGCCAAAGGAGGAAGCUUUAGCAAAACUGGAGGCUCUAGGAUUGGAUCAUCCAUCGGUCUCCUCUGAAAAAAUUAAGUCCUCACCACCUUUACCACCAGUCAAACCCUCCAAUACCAUCAAAGAAAAACAAUUGUCACUCAGAAGUGUUUUUGGUCCUGAAGGCUUGGUGCUUCCUCCUCCCCCUCCUGGCCCACCCCCUUCUUUUCCUCCAGAUUCUGUCACAGAUGAAACAACUGGCACGAAAGACGUAGAUUCGACUAAGAUACUGUUGGAAGACGCUAAUGUCAAAACCCAGCUCUUCAAUCUUUCUGCUAGUGUCAGUUUCUCCUAUGCUAACCCUAUCUGGAAACUCUUCCUGCGGAAAGAGGUGUUUUAUCCCAGGGAAAAUUUCAGUCAUCCUUACUGCUUGAAUCUGUUAUGUGACCAGAUCUUGAGAGAUACUUACUCCGAGUCAUGCAUUCGAAUUUCCAAAGAGGAGAGGCGCAAAAUGAAAGACUUGUUAACCGAAUUCCAUGUGGGCAUGGAUGUCAGCUCCAUCACAGAGGAAGGGAUCAAGAAAAGAAUAGUGGUGGCUGCGCGUGAUAACUGGGCCAGCUAUUUCUCUCGCCUUUUCCCAGUAAAAGGAGAAAAUGGAAGCGAUGUCCAGAUACUGGGCGUUUCUCACAGGGGCCUGCAGCUGUUGAAGAAAUCCAAAGAAGCCACUUUCAGUUCUGAACAUCUGAAAGUCCUUUGCAGCUUCAGUUAUGCAGAUGUUCUUUCUCUGGAGCUGAUCAGUCGGAAUGUCCUUCAGUUCUCUCUGAAGAACGAGCAGCUCAUCCUUCAUUCUCAAAAAGCUCAGCAGAUCAAGGCUACAGUGGAAGUCUUCCUGAAAGAACUGAAACAGGAUUCCAACUAUGUCAUUGCUAUGCGUAACUACGUGACAGAUGACAAGAGCCUCUUAAAUUUCAAGAAAAGUGACUUCAUUCGACUUCUUCCCAUGAAGGGGCUGGAGCCAGGUUGGCAGUUUGGCUCUAUUGGUGGGCGCUCUGGCCUUUUCCCUGCUGGAAUGGUGCAGGUGGUGGCAGCUCCCGAUUACCUCAACCUCCACAUGAAUCAACAGGAAGAAGUCCGAACCGUCUGGAAGAAAAACACCCAGGAGAAAAUGGUUAUCGAGGAGAAGUCUGCCUCCAGCACAGAGUCAGAAGUUUCCAGGACCAGCACACCUAUAAACUCUGUUGAUAUUUGCCACUACCCUAUGACGGAGUUUGCGGUGGCACAUUUCCGAGAAGCCAGACUCAUGUUACCAUGGAGUGACAUGGGAACUGAACAGAUGGCCCUCACUCUCUUGGUCCAGCAUACAGAGGUACCAAUCCAGGAAGCUCUCCUCUGUCAUUCUGAUGAUGCGUUGAAUGACUUGGCUACAAAAAAUUUUUUGACUCUGAUGAGGUUCAUGGGAGACCAGCCAGGCCUCAAGAAACAAGAUAAAAUGGAUUAUAUCUAUGAAAUCCUUCAGUGUUGCAAAUACAAGAAGACUCUGCAUGAUGAGGUUUACUGCCAGGUUAUCAAGCAGAUCACCGGGAAUCCUAAUCUGGACAGUUGUCGCCAUGGCUGGCAGCUCCUCAGCCUUUUGACUGGAUACUUCCUCCCAUCCAAUACCUUGAGGCCUUACAUCACUGAGUUUUUGCAGCAGAUCUGCUAUGAUAGUAACCACCCCUGUUCAGGAAUAGCCGAGGAUUGCCAGAGCAACCUGAAGAAACUGAUCACGUAUGGAAGCCGCAAACACUUGCCAUUUUUGGCGGAGAUGAGAGCAUUUUUGGUUACAGCUGAUGUGUUAAAGGAAAUCUGUGAACAUAUAGGAGUUACUGAGUUGGAGGAGAUCCAAGAAUUUGCCAUCUUAGCCGACAAAGACAAAGGGAAGAUGAGAAGGCCUUUGCACCAGGAGGAAUAUGUCCAAGACUAUUUGUUAGAAGAAAGUUCAAUAGGACUACAUUUCUGCAGGAUCACUUGGAAGAUUCCAUUGCAUUUUGAUAAUGAGGUCUACAUCAAUGUCCAUUAUAACAGAGGAACUGAAGAAUUACAUCCCUGUUUCAGCCCCCCACCUCAGCCCAGACAUUGUUGAAAUUGCCAUGGCUUAUCAGAUGGAGACACUAGAACCACUUCAGCCAUUGCAGGCACAAGUACGCUUUAUUGAACAUAUAAUUCAGCUGCCGCUCUUCGGCUAUAAUGUUUUCUCUGUGGAGAAGAUCAGUGCCCCAGAUAUCCCUUCACCUUGUAUUGUAGGAGUGAACCAAGAGGAGAUUGUUGCAAGGAGCAAGGAAACCCAGAGCAAUCAGAUCAUCAUUCCACUGAAGCAGAUACUACGGAUGAAAUCCUUCCGCCCAUCCAAGGCUGCUGGCCUUUCAGGCAUAGAAAUCAACUAUGGCUCAAUGGAAAAUCCCAAGACUAUCUGGUUUGAAUUACAACAGGCUAAAACAUUAUAUCAUUUAAUUACAAUCAUCGGUGGGGGAUCAGAUUCCCAGGUUUAGUGACAACCAAGAGAAGUUGGCUGCAAUAUCUUUUCCCAGUACUUGAAAAAUGCCUGUACUCUUUUGGUAUGUCUACUUGCCAAGUGCUUUCUCCUAAGUCAAUGUGAGCUAUGGAAACGUCAUUCUUUUGAACCACUGUUCACUAUUCUAUCAUCGUUCCUGCAUCACUUCCAGCCCUUAAACCUGCGGACAGCAAAAGCAACUUCUAGACUUCAAGCCAUACAAAUAUGCCAUAGCUACUUUGGAAUAUCUUUGGGUGCAUCACCUAACCCAGGGGUAUCAAACUCAAAGCUAUAGGUGCUUAGAUCUGGCCCACGGGACGACCCUGGAAAAAGUGA